CAGCAGCAGCUUGAGCUGAGCUGCCAAAUCUCUCUGCACAAAAACACACACACACACACACACACACAGAGCUACACGGGUGUUGCCGCUUCUGGUGCUAAGCUAUACUUAAAUUCAUAAUCAGGAUGGAAGUAAACACAUGCAAUAUUCAAGUUCUUCUGCAAGCUGCUGAAUACCUGGAAAGAAGAGAAAGAGAAGCCGAGCAUGGCUACGCCUCAGUCCUUCCAUAUUACAGUAAAACGACAGAAAAAAGAAGCAAAGCGAAAACUAAAAAGAGUUCAGCGGGGAGCAGCAGGUCAGUUCACAAUGAACUGGAAAAGCACAGACGAGCUCAGUUGCGGCACUGUUUGGAGCAGCUAAAACAGCAGGUCCCGCUGUCCUCGGACUCUUCGAGAAACACCACUCUCAACUUGCUCAGACGGGCACAGAUGCACAUAAAGAAGCUGCAGGAGCAGGCCGAGCGGGCCGAGCUGCUGAAGGACCGGCUGCGCUGGGAGCAGCAGGAGCUGCGUAUGCGUCUGCAGCAGCUGCAGGGUGGCACAGAGAGGAUGCGCAACGACAGCCUGGGCUCGGCCAUGUCCUCUGAAAGAUCCGAUUCAGACAGAGAGGAUGUGGAGAUUGAUGUCGAGAGCAUGGUGUGGACUUUGGACUCUGACGGUCUGGGCUUAACACACACCGACGCUGAUCAUAGUUACUCCACUUCGGAUCGUGCCUGGUUAUGACGACCAUAAAACUGCUAUUAUAAAUUGCUGAAACAUUCCAAAAACUGUAUCACAAGGUCGAAGAAAAAGAAAAAAGAAAAAAAAGAGGCCUCAAACCAAAAAUAUGACGGCUUGCCACAGAAACACACUGCUGCCAUUUUAUAACCAUCAGACUCAGGCUGUUUGCAAGCAUGACUGGAUUUUUGGUAAUAUAUGAUAUUUUUAUUACGUGGUGCUGUAGAUACACAGUGAUUAAUAGAGGUCUGACAGUUUGGUCAUGUAUUUUGUUCUUAAUGUCCUUGUCAUUCUUCUUUAAGCUAAUUGGCUCUGUGUCAGGGUCAUCCUGCAGUAUAUACUUGCUUGCACUUAGACCUUUCACUUAUUUAACAAAUGUCGCUCUCUAAUUUUGAUAUGUUGCACAAAGCAGCUGCAUCAGCACUUAACUUCACAUCAUCCAUACGUAGGACGUUUGUUCUCGGAUUGCUUAUGGUGAGAUUUUCAUGUCAUUUGCAGAUCAUGUCCAUAUCAGUGUUUUUAAAAGCUUUUCUCUUUUGAAAGAUCAACAGCACUCAUGGAUGUGUAUUCUGUGCAGCAAGUGAUAAAACUGUCUUUUUACAUGUUUUCUAGUAAACAAUCUUGUUUGCCCAGUUAAAUUCAAACUAUAAUGAUUGAUAACACUUAAAAUUAACAUUGAUAAUUUCACAAAUAGCUGGAUGUAAAGUUAAUGGAGGACUUCAUCCAAUAAUGGCAUUAUGAUGAAUUAAAUUUAGUAUUGAUCAACCGGCAUGAUCUCAUUUGCCUUAAUGAAAACUUCCUUGAUUUACCAGUGGCAUGUUUAAGUCAAGUAUUUCAUACUGAUUUGUACAUGUGUUUAAGGAAAGUGGUUCAUGCCUUAUAAAAAUAUACAAAAUACUGCACUAGUAGUUCUUAGGUAAGCUAAUUUUAGGUGCCAUUCAGAUCAAUUUUCCUAAAAUGAUUCCAGAAACACAGUGUAUUUUAGAUGAAAAUGUAGAUUAAUAGUAAGCACUUACCCCUUUAAAAUGUAGUUGCUAGGCUUCACCUGGAAGUUGUCUCUAUACUUAGGACUCUUUUAAUAUGUGUAUGUACAACAAAAUAUGUUGAAAUAUCAGCAAUCGUGCUGAACCAGGCAUUUAUGCAAUUAAUUAAUGUUCAGUUAUUCAGUGUAAAUAUACACAGCUAAAUAGUACACUGUAUAUGUGAUUGUGAACACCAAAAGCCUUAUGAAUUUUUUGUAUGCCUUUGGAACGCCAUCACUUUUGUAUUUAUCUGCCCUCUGUGUAUUCGUAUGUAGCAUUUUCUUACCAAUGUAAACCUUUUGUACAAAUAAAUAUUUUAUGUAUUUAACUAGACGUCUAGUCCAACUUCACAUUCAGUGUUUGGCAGUGCCACAUUUUUUAAAGCUAAUUCCUUGGUUUUUGUAGUCAUUUGGGAAUUUGAAUUACUAACAUGAUUGGAGUAGCCUAAAUCUAUUAUAAGGCAAACAAUGACUGCCUAUAUUUAUUUCCUAAAUAAAAUUGCUUAAAGGAAUACACCAGUGUUGUUCACUGCAUAUGUAUCUUACGUGGGAUAACCACUGAACUGAUUCUUGGCACUUAUAAUGAAUGUCUAAAGGGCGGUUGUAAAACUCCUCCAAUAUGAAGGGAAGGGGAUUACGGUUACAAGAAAAGCAGGUAAAGUGCCUUAGAGGGAGGUGUGCAUCAGGACUAAAAUCCUGUGGGAACGAGUGUUUUUCACUUUCAUGCCAGCUUGUGGGACAAAGUCAAAGGCCACAUUUAUUAAUAUAGGAGUGAAUUGGACGCAAUUCUUUGCUUGUGUGGCAUUGCAGGUUUAAAGCCUUAUCCUUUGAUCAGGGUCACUGUGGUGGGUGGGUACAAACAACAAAAAAAAACCUGCAGGAAUGGUCAGGAUUUGUCAUGAGUGUCUGUGGGAAUGGGAUUGGUCAGAAUUUAAUCAGGAGUGCACACCUUAGAGAAUGAAAAAUAUCUGGGGCAGUCUAGUUACGUAAAACAUUUUUGUAUUUGCAUUCCUGAAUUCUGCUCAAAAACAUUAGAAUUUGUCAUUUCAGAGAUGAAGUUAAAUUUUCAGAGGGAAGAAUUUCAUAUGCAGUAAAAUAAAAUUAAAAUAACAGCUCAUAGACAGAUUUAUUUUAGCUUUUAUUUACUAUAUCAAAACUUUACAUACCCAUUGUUAAUAUUUGUUGGAAAGUUUUAACUUAACAUUCUGACUAAUGUCUUGAGGUUUUACUACAUUAUUUCUAGAUAAUCCUUCUUCCUCAUAAUG